CUAGUGGAAGAUGUGCCGGUCAAUAGUCAGGGUUCCGCCGAAGAUACAAAGCAAACCCAAAGCGACUGCAAACGGAACUACCGGCCAGAAAUAAGGACUCUAUUGCGAGUUUUAUUCAGUAUUUCCUCGGAAUUUCGGUGGUCCUCUUUUGUCGGCUGAGUAAGAAGGAUAAGCCUCUGAGAGAGAGAGAGUGGGAGAGAGAUAGAAAGAGAGACAGGUGUUCUCUCCGGUCGUCAGCCCUCCCCCAUCACCCUCCCCUGAAGGCCGUGGAACGGAACUUUUAUUCCAACUUUUGGGUUUAUUUACAAUACAUUUCUUGAAACUUUCCGCCACUAUGCACUGGAUAUCGUGGUGUCUGCUGCUGCUGUGCUGGGGGGGCAGCAGGUGCAGCGACCCGCCCCCGGACGGACAGGAUGGAGAACUGGAUGGGUAUCAAGCGGACUCCCACACAAAGCGGUCCCCACCCCCCGUGGAGCCUCUUGAUUUUGGGUUCGUCCCCUCGGCGGUCUACGCUACUCACGCUUACUAUGAACCCGGAGCGAUGGGAAUCCUGUUCCACGUGGUGCAUGCGUUUUUGUACGUGGUGCAGCCGAACCCCUUCCCCAAAGAUCUGAUUGUCAGAGUCAUCCAGGAGAACAAGGGAAGGAUGAAGCUGGAGGAGUGGAGAAAGCCGGAAAAUAUAGUCCUAUUGCUUCAGGGCGUGUACUACGAGGCGGGCUUCCUGGUGUGCGGUUCCCUGGGCCUGCUGUUCCUGGUGCUGGUGCCCAUCGUGGGCACCUGCUUCUGCGUGUGUCGCUGCUGCGACAACUGCGGGGGGGAGAUGCACCAGAGGCAGAGGAAGAACGCCGACUGCCAGAGAGGCUUCUUCACCGCCUCGCUCAUCGUCACCUCCAUCUUCAUCAUUCUGGGAGUGCUGUUUGCGUACGCUGCGAACCACAACAUCAGCAACCAGAUCAAGAGCACUCGUCGCCUAGUCAACACCAACAUGAGAGACCUUAAGACAUUCGCCAACAACACACCUGCGCAAAUUGACUACCUUACCGCACAAUACACAACGGCAAAGAACAAAGUGCUGUCAGACCUGGACAACAUCGGUCCCGUGCUGGGAGGGAGGAUCCACAGCCAGCUGGAGAGGGAGGUGAUGCCGUCCCUGGACACGGCCCUACGCAUGGCAGGAGCCAUGCGGGAGACCAAGGAGGCCCUGGAGAGCAUCGGCAGCUCCCUGGACACCCUGCAGGAGGGCACGGUGCGGCUGCAGCUCAGCCUGUCCAACGAGCGCGCCUCCCUGUCCAACACGCUCUCCGACCCCGCCUGCACCAACGGAGCCGUGUCCCACACAUGCAACACCAUCCGCUCCACCCUCGGCCAGCUGGGCUCCAGUGCCGACUUCUCCACGCUUCCGGACGUAAGUCGGCAAUUGAUGAAUGUCGACGCGCUCCUAAAAACGGACCUCAGCAACAUCAUCCAGAAGGGCUACUCUUCCUUCAACGACACGCCGAGACUAGUGAAGGAACAGACCAAGAACAUUGUGGCAGGGGUCAAAGUCAUGCUGGACAGGAUUGGAGGCGAGAUCGUGGACUUUGCUAAGAUGUUUCCGGUGGAGGCGUCUCUGGCCAACUUCACCAUCUUCCUGAACCAAGGCCAGCAGCAGAUUGAAUCCUACUACGCCCAGAUCGACCAGCUGGACUUCUACAGGUGGAUUGGCUGUGUGGCGGCCCUGUGCAUGGUGGUCCUCAUCGUGUGCUUUAACCUCUUGGGCCUGCUCUGCGGCAGCUGUGGCUAUGACAAACAGGCCACGCCCACCAACCGCGGCUGCCUUUCAAACACUGGCGGCAACCUGCUCAUGGCUGGUGUGGGGUUCAGCUUCCUCUUUGCUUGGGCGCUUAUGGCAGUGGUCUCUUCCUUGUUUGUUGUCGGGGGCAACGUGGAGAAGCUGAUUUGUGAACCUCUGGCAAACCGACAGCUGUUUCAGAUCAUAGACACCCCAUACAUCAUGCACCCGGGCAUGAAGAACUUCCUGCCUAACAUGCUGUUCCAGAACCCAAACAUUGACCUGACCGUGGGCGGCAUGUACCGGGCGUGCCACGAGAACUAUGGGCUGUACCACGCCCUGCAACUGGAGACCAUGUUCAACAUCAACUCCUUCCUCAACAGAACUGUGUACAACAAGGACCUGGCCAACGUGUUUGAGAGCAUCCACGUCCAGCUACAGGACGUCAGCCUGCUGGAGCAGGAGGGGCGCGACGCGCUCAUCAGCUUCGCCAACUCUGGCGUCGGAGAGAUCGACUUCACAGCCUACCUCACGGAGGCGAAUAAAGCAGUCACGCUGGUGGAUCUUUUGUCCUUCGCCACUGACCUGGAAGCCCAGGCCGAUCAACUGCCCCGUGGGGCUUUGGAGAAUGCCCUAAAAGGUCACGCCAGCAGCAUCAGACAAAUCAACAAAGAUCAAGUCGUUCCAUUGCAGCAAGCUAUGAAUAGCCUGAGCCAAAGUGUUCGGCUGCUGCAGAAGACGGUCAGCGAUCUACCGGUUCAGGUGACGAACGUCCUGAGUGCCAUAGAUGCAGCAGAGUAUCUCAUCACUAAUAACGCGUCACACGUCAUCAAGCAGGAAACUAACGGCUACAUGCAGAUGUUGGUGGGCUACUUCAGACAGUACACAAAGUGGGUCAAGAGCUCUCUGUCUGCAGAGGUGGCUCAGUGUAAACCUAUCAGUAACAUAGUGGACAGCAUGGAGAUAGUGGGCUGCAGCUUCAUAGUGGACUCUGUGAACACCUUCUGGUUCGGUCUGGGAGGCUGUCUCGUGCUCCUGAUCCCCAGUAUCAUCCUGUCGGUCAAACUGUCCAAGUACUACCGGCGGAUGGACACAGAGGAUGUGUUCGACGAUGGACAAGAAAACUGGAACUAAAAUCAACACUAUGAUGAAUCCUAAACACAUUGCAAACAAAAGACUACACAUGAGAGAAGUUUCUAGAAUGGACACACCCCUACCCCAACUGUUCUGCCUCCCCUCCCCCCGCCACAUCCAUUAAAGACCUCCCUAAUGGGAUCUCAAGCCAGCCAAUCACAAUUCAACGAUGAUCAUGUGCUCACUUUUUUGCAGUUUUAUCACAACAACAGCUCAGCCAUUUUCUGUGUAUCAAUAUCAUGUAAAAUGUCUGAGAAUUAUUGCUAUGUUUAUAGAUGAAUGUUAGGAAACCAAUUUAUUUAUACUCUUUAUUUGCUGAUUUUCGAUUCAACACAGUGAAAAGUGUACAUUUUUUACACUUUCAAGGCUUUUGAGUGUUUUAUAUAUUUUUUUGUUAAUGUUUGUUUUAUAACCAUGUCAGUAGAUAUUUUCUUCGUUAUGUUUUUGUCUUUACUCUUUCUGGGAAUGCUGGGGAUUUAGCCAAUGCCAUUAGGUCUGAGUUUCAUUAUCCAAAUAGACACUUUUAUUAAAGGGAAAAUGUUAAUUAAAGGGAUAAAAACAAGUGAUUCAGCUAGCUAACUAGUAAGUUAGCUAGCUUGAUCAUAUUUGCGUAGCACAGACACAAAGAAAGAUAGAAUACGGCUUACAUGGAACAACUCAUGAUCCUACAUUGGGUUUCCCCCACACCAUUUUAGCAAAGGUACUUGUGGUACUUCUUUUGCCAUAUUGGACAUGUCCAAAAUCUUUCACCUGUUCCCUGUAUAGUAGCAGCCUACACU